AUGUUCGUCGAAUUCGCAAGACCUCUACCUUACGAGUGCUCAUCUUGCCCGCGCAUUGGUUUUGAGGAUGCUCAAGGGGGUCCAGCACUUGAAAUUCCUGCCAUUGUCAAUGCCCACAUUGAGCUGACCAGUCGGUCAGAGAUAUGCACUGCUCCAAUACUUAUUCUCAACUUCGUUCUCAACGGCAUCAACCCUUCUGGGUCACCUGCAAGAGUGAUGCAGGCUUUAUUGCAACCAUACAUCCCUGCCAAAGACCUGCAUUAUCACGAGAUUAUUUUCGACUUCGGGACAGACGAGAAAUUCAAGAGACAUGAGAAGUUGAUGGGGAAGCUCGUGAAUGAAUUUUUUGCUGGAAUUUUCGUCUCUGGCUUGGAGGAGAUACUCAAGGGCGCCACAUUAUGGAUGCUUGUUUUUGGGCACAUGGUCCACAAAACUGAGUCAUUCAAGAGGUUCACAUCUUGUGUCAAACAUCAUGACAUCGAGAACGCAUUCGCAUUCGGUGCUGAAGGGUUGCAUGUCUGCCUCACCACACCAUUCAUAGCCGCUUAUGUUGAGCGCGUCCUCAUUGAAGGCUUCCUUGUGCAAGAGGUCAUGCCAAGUCUCCUGGUGGGAAAAUUACACAUUGACGACAAGUCUUCGACCACCGUGUCGACCUAUACCUUUUUCGAUGAGAAUCAGCGUCCAUGGGGCAGCGCACUACCCCUUCAAUGCUCGAGCUGCAAGUGUCUCCGUCAAUGGAAGUGCAUCUCCCCUUUGAUUUCUGAUAAUGGUUCCGUGGUGAAGUUCACAUGUAGUGGUCGGUUAUCGAGAGAGAACCAAGGUGCAGGUGGUUCUGGGUGGUUGAUAUAUACACCAGAAGUUGAGCCUGGUGUAUAA